AUGUCCUCCAACCAGACCUACCUGAUCUCCGGCGCCAACCGUGGCAUCGGGAGGGGCUUCGUCGCCGCCCUCCUUCAACGGCCCUCGACAACCGUCAUCGCCGGCGUCCGCGACCCCUCGAGUCCCGUCUCCCAGUCGCUGACCAGCCUCCCCAAGGCGGAGGGCUCGGCGCUCAUCCUGGUCAAGAUCGACGUCAGCGCGGCCUCGGACGCCGCCGCCGCCGUCUCCAGCCUGCAGAAGGACCACGGCAUCGCCGCGGUUGACGUCGUCAUCGCCAACGCCGGCGUCGCCUCCCCCAACGGCCGGACCAUCGACAUCGUGCCCGAGACGGCUCUGCAACUCUUCGCCGUCAACGCCGUCGGGCCCGUCACCCUCGUCAGCGCGGCAGCGCCGCUCCUGAGGGCCAGCACGAGGGAGGGCGGCCCCGUCUUCAUGGGCGUCUCGUCGUCCCUGGCGAGCAUCGGGGCUCAGGCGUCAAUUUACGAGGCCUUCAACGCCAACGUCGCCCCGUACGGCGCCAGCAAGUCGGCCCUGAACUGGUUCGUCCAGAGGCUGCACCUCGAGGAGCCGUGGCUGACCAGCUUCGCCUGCCACCCUGGCGUCGUACGCACGGACAUGAAUGGCAGCAUGAGCGACGACGUCCUGGAGUCCAUCGGGGCUAUUAGCGUGGAGGAGAGCGUCGGGAGCAUGAUAGCUUUGCUCGAUACGGCCAACAGGAAAACCACAGGCGGAUCGUUCAAGAGCUACGACGGUUCUACUCUGCCGUGGUAG